AUGGCGGCUCUCCGCACACCAUCGAUAACCGUGCUCUACUUUGCCGCGGCGUCGACCGCAACAGGGCUGACCACAGAGGAGGUCGAGCUGCCGAGGGACCAGGGCGGCGAAGGAGCUAGCCUUCCGCUGACACAGCUGGCCGCCUUGCUCACAUCGCGCCAUCCGAAUACAUCGCUGGGGUCGGUGCUGGAGGAGAGCCAGUGGGCGGUGGACGCGGAGAUGGUUGAGGAUCCUACUCAAGUGACUCUUCGUGGUGGGGAGGAAGUCGCAGUGAUAUGUCCCGUAUCGGGCGGGUAA